UCAAAGGGAAAAAUGGUGGAAAAUUCACCGUCGCCAUUGCCAGAAAGAGCCAUUUAUGGCUUUGUUCUUUUCUUAAGCUCCCAGUUUGGCUUCAUCCUGUAUCUCGUGUGGGCCUUCGUUCCUGAGUCUUGGCUGAACGCCUUAAGCUUGACCUAUUGGCCUCAAAAGUACUGGGCAGUCGCACUGCCCGUCUACCUCCUCAUUACCAUAGUCAUCGGGUAUGUCCUCUUAUUUGGAAUAAACAUGAUGAGCACCUCGCCACUCAACUCCAUUCAUACAGUCACAGAUAACUAUGCUAAAAAUCAGCAGCAGAAGAAAUACCAGGAAGAGGCCAUCCCAGCAUUAAGAGAUAUUCCUAUUAGCGAAGUAAAUCAGAUGUUCUUUCUGACUACCAAAGAAUCUUACACCAAAAACUGAGUUGUAUGUACACUACCAUCAAACAUUUACUGCAGGUUUUGGCAUAAUAAUUUUGACCAUAAUCAUUUCUCUUAUUACCCAGUAUUAAAAUAUUUUGAAAAACGUAAGUUGAACUUCUCUUAGAUUGACCUCCAUUAAUAUUGUAAAAGUUCUCCAAUAUUAGUUACUGAUGGACAGAAUAAAUAAAACAUUGAUCAUUACCAUA